UCCCCGAUGAGUAACUAUGUGACGUAAGACGUCAUGAGUUACGUUCAAUGCGGAAGUAAAAAGAAGCUUCAUAUCAUUUCCAUCAUCGAAAUUGGUUACGCCUGUAUAGUCUUCACACGAAAUCGAAGAAAGUGAUCUCUCCAUCAUGCUCGGUGGUGGAUUCAAAGGAGAAAGACUGCGAGUCAAUCUCAGACUCGUCAUCAACCGCCUCAAACUGCUUGAGAAGAAGAAAACUGAAUUAGCUCAGAAGGCCCGGAAGGAGAUCGCAGACUACCUGUCGUCGGGUAAAGAUGAGCGAGCACGGAUCAGGGUGGAGCACAUCAUCAGAGAAGAUUAUCUGGUGGAGGCCAUGGAGAUCCUCGAGUUGUACUGCGAUCUGCUGCUGACACGCUUCGGUCUAAUCCAGUCUAUGAAAGAGCUCGAUCCUGGCCUUCAGGAAGCGGUGUCCACUCUGAUCUGGGCGGCUCCUCGCCUGCAGUCGGAAGUCACCGAGCUCAAAAUCGUUUCAGACCAGCUGUGCGCCAAAUACAGCAAGGAGUACGGCAAGCUGUGCAGGACGAACCAAAUCGGAACAGUCAACGACCGACUCAUGCACAAACUGAGUGUGGAGGCCCCGCCAAAGAUCCUGGUGGAACGUUACCUCAUAGAAAUAGCCAAAAACUACAAUGUCCCGUAUGAACCUGACGCGAUGGUGCGGCCGGAGGUAGGAGAGGAAGCAGACCUUAUAGACGUGGACAGCGACUUCAAGAAGCAUGGCGGUGGAGGCGGAGGUGGUGGAGGUUUCACUGCUCCGGCUGCUGCUAUGCCUAUGCCUAUGCCUAUGCCCAUGCCCAUGCCCAUGCCAACACCCACAGCCUUCAACUACCCUCCAUCCAAAGGAGCUGAUCCCUUCAGCGCUCCUGCUGCCACUUAUGAUGUUGGCUUUAACAACUUCCAGCCUCCAAUGAGGGGAGGGCAGCCGCCUCAGCUCCCCAGCUGCCCUCCAACCUACGAGUCUAUUGAUGAGUUGGCUGAUUGUCCCCAGGUUGUCCCAGCCUCUGGCCCGUCUGCUCAGACCUACGAUAACAACAUGCUUCCCGAGCUUCCCUCGGUUCCCGACACACUCCCUAACUCGUCCUUUGGCGGCAACAACGGUGCGUCAGACGACAUCGACUUUGACGACCUGUCACGGCGCUUUGAGGAGCUCAAGAAGAAGACCUAAUCUCUCAGAAGCCCACGUCUGUCCACAUGUACGUCCGGUGGAUGGAAUCUUCAGGAGAAGAGGGGCAAAAAAAAAAAAGAAGCCCUGAUCAGAUUAUUAACCCCAAAUCUUCAUCUGGAGCAGUGAUUUCUAAUUACUUCAGACAUCAGUGUAACAUUUACCUCAUGUGGAAAAAAACGCACACAAAAAAAACAAAACGCACUGGUGUCUUUCUGGUGGAGGUUAUUUUAAUCAUAACAUCUCAACAUGAAGGCUCUGAUGGAAUUUUCAACACCAUAAAUCAAGACUUUUCACUAGACUAUUGCUAUAAUCCCUUUUUUUAAGCACUUUCCAUAUAUGGCCUUUCUGUAAUGUAAUGUAAUAUAGCUAGAGCAUUGCCACGCCCAGAUGGUGUGACGUCAUCGCCAGGCCACCGUUUUACUUUGUUACCGUCAUUCAUCUGGAUAAAGGAAUAUGAUUUAGUUAUUAAUAAGAAGAAAGAUUUAAUCCAACCCUUAGUGUUCGUACUAUGUCAGAGGUGUUGAAUGACUCAGCAGUUGUUUUCAAUACUAACAGCACAGACAGGUUGAACCUGUUGCUGCUGAUCACACCCGGUGUCAAGGUAGGGACUUUUCGAAUGACUUAAUCCACCACGUGGGCUACGUCACUGCUCAACACGGCUAAUCUGAUUCGUCGUGUGACCUGAAUAUCUCUGGAAUGACACAGCUACCUUUUAAUUGUUGAUUUGAAUAAAUUAGCAAAGCAUCACCUGAUUACUAAGUGAAAUAUUUAGAAGUGGCAGACUUGCUUAUUCGUACUUAACGCUAGGAAUAACCUUAUUAGCAGAUUUACCAUUUUUUGAUGAGAUGAAAAUUUUCACAUGGUCUGACCACAUGAUAAACUGACUCACUGGUUUUUAUCUUCGAAGCAAACACUCCCAGAGUAUUAUUAUCUUCGUCAUUAUAUUACCAUCUCCUGAUCUGUGGCCUUGCCUUUUAUUCCAGUUAGGUCCAGUUUCUAAAUGUGUGUGUGUGUGUGUGUAUAUAUAUAUAUAUAUAUAUAUAUAUAUAUAUAUAUAUAUAUAUAUAUAUAUAUAUAUAUAAUAUAAAAUUUUGGUGAAGGUUUUCCGUUUGUUUUUCUUGGCUUCUGGAGAGUGUUAAUAAUUUCGACAUAUACAAAAACUGUUUUGUUUGUGUAGUUCCGAAGGCUUUUCUUUUUUUUUUCCUUUUUUUUUUCUUUUCCUCCCCUCUUUCUUUAUUCCCCAUCCCUGUAACACUACUGUGCACCAAUGGGAGCUUUAGGAAUGCUUGUUACAAGUUUUACCAUGUAGUGGACACAUAUCAGAAGGUUAUAUAAUAAAGUAUAUUUGCUCAGAA